GUAAGAUACGGCGUCAGGCCGCUUCUUAGAACCACAGCUUCGGCUUCUCUUCUUCGGUUCAACCGCGACCGCAGGCACAAGAAGAUAUAUCUAAAAGCAAUCAUGAUUCCGUUGGGUGAAGGUCAUAUGCGUUCUGUAUCAGCUCACCUGCCGGGCAACACUUGCUUUCAUACAGUCGGGUAGCGAGGCGGCUGCAACUUUGCCAGAUCCACCCCAACCACAGGUGUUCGUUCUGUUCAGCUGUGCGACUAUUCUAUGUCAAACGUUGCAUUGCUCUCGCUUGUUUUCGCUUGAUUUCGCUUGCGUUCGCUGGCCUUGCCUCGCCUCGCCGCCGCGCCAUCAGCCUUUCUUGUUGCGAAUCACUCUUGGCGGAAGCAAUCACGAAUGUAACCCUCGCCGCUGUUGUGUCUGUUCCUCCUGUGGACGAUCGUUGACAGUCCACGCUCCCCAGCUCGAGCUUCAUUGAAUGGUGAUUGCAGAAGCCUUAUUCUGAAUCGAGCCUUGGAAGUCAGCAGCACAUCUGCACUUCCGCAGCAUCCGCAAAACUCCUGCGAGGUCGAUUUUCGUUUACAUGCGACUCAGCACUUCCCUCACCACUCGACUCUCAAGCAUGAAAUCUCUAGUCUCUCAAGCUCUUUCCUCUGCCUAGAAUCUCAAGUCUCCCGGCUAUGGCGGCACAAGUAGCUAGUAGACAAGGGAGCAUAGCUGCACAUCAACCGGCGGCCACGCGGACCAAUAUCGAGCAGCCACGUCAUCUGCACACCGCCUCGCAACAGCGCCAUCCGAUGAGUCACCCUCAGCAGCAGCAGCAGCAGCAGCAGUCGCAGAUGCAGACGCAGACGCAGCAGGACCAAAGCCCUCGUUACAGUCCCGUUCGCAACGGAAACUACAGAAGACCGGCGUUAACCAACCCGUUCACUGGAAACCCGGAAUAUCUUCCCCAGCAGCAGCAGAUGCGGCCACAGCGCCGCCAUAGGCGCUCCUGUUCCAUGUCAGACUUCGUCUCCAAUAUAAUCAUCCCCGACUCGCAAGCCCAAGCGCCAUCCCCGAUACCAACUUCCUCAAUCGCAAACAACGCCAGUUGCAGUAGCCCCAUUCCGUACAAUUAUUCCCCUGACUAUUCCCCUGGACCGGUCUCCGCACCAUCCGCUCUCUCGUUCCCGCCAUCAGAACCCGUCCCAGAGAUUAAAGCUAAGGCGUCGACGCCUCCUCCCGUUACGAGAAGCCAAGCGGCUCCUCCGCGCCGCGGCCGCCACGUCAGACGCAGUUCCUGGUCAGGCUAUGGGCCAAUCGCGUUCGACGGAACAACCGAGCUGGAGACGUUGGACCUACUAUCACCGGCGAGGUUCCACGCUGCCGCCGCCGCCGCCGACGGCGCGCUUUCCGGCGCUCAGUUCGCAAACAACUCGACGGCGGGCGAAGGAUUUCGAACGGCCGUCCGAAACAACAGAGGAUCUCUCGAGUUAAAUCCGACGGUGCUCGCCGACGCCACACGAAUGGUUCCAGUCGGCCUCCCAGCCGGCCUUCCGGCCCCUUCACCUUCUGUCCUCCCUAGAGCCGCAAGCCACGGCGGCGGCCGCAGGACCGUGUUUCCGACGCCGCAAAGCACAGCUACUAACGUGGAUGCCGAUGCUGACUCAGAUGACGAGUUUGUCGAGCUGUACGGGAACGCGAGGCGGCAUCGCGCGGAGGCCGCGCGCGCGUUGAACGCGCUGGAAAGGCUCGUUUCCACAUCGAACGGUGCUGGUAGCCCCACUGGGGCGGCUCGUGGCGCGGGGAAAGUUGGAUCGCCUGUCGCUCUGUCGCCCACGUCGUCACCAACAGCUAAGCCCGCGGGCGAUGACAGACGAUUUUCGCGAGAUCGUAACUUGAGUUCCGAUGCGACGAACCCGCCGGUUCGCUCGCCGCUGUCAUCCCGCAUCCGCCGCACGAUCUUCGGGCAAGGCUCGCCGUGCAACGUAACGCAAGCUUCGGAGGCUGCAGCACCGACGCCGUCAAGAUAUACCCUGAUGCAAUAUGCACCGUCGAUGAAGAGCCAUACCGCGCCCAGCAGAGGCAGUAUCUUGCCGGGGCGUUUGCCUAGCAAGGCGCCACAGAACCACCAAUCAGACGCCACAAAUAAAGGCCCAAUUUCAACUUCUCUUCGACAGAACCCCGCUCUGACGGUUGUAGCUGUGGCAGAAGGGUUAGGGGGGUUACCCCUGCGCCCCCCCUCUUUUUCGCAAUCUAGCGUGACAUGCACGUCGCCAACCUUCGCUCAGGGAGUGUCGCCAGUGACGGGCGACGACCGCAUUCAGCGCCGGCGAUCUCAUGAUGACGGGAUGAAGUCCUCGCGAAUGAGGGUGUUGCGGCGUGUGAGCUUCAGCUCAAAUGUGGAAUUUAUUUCAGGGAGUGAAUGAUUUCCUGGUCAAAACCAUUAUCAUUCAAGUACCUACUUCUACUUUUGUAGGAAUGUACAAGUAUCCUUUUCCAUGGCAUAAUCUUACUCAAUCGUC